GUCGUGCUCAACUUAUCAUUGUAUAUCAUCUUAGUUGGCGAACUAGCAUCUGAAGAAAUACGGGAAGAUAUUGUCUGUGUUCUUUAGUGCUCAUUCAAAAGCAACUAAGCAUUAAGUUGAAGCGGCGUGUGUUACCGGUAGGUUGAUCUAUCUUUUUUGAAGAUGCCUUCUCCUCCAUCGUCAAAUGUGAAACAGUCCUGGAUAUCAAAAAUGUGGAACAGACAGGCUUCUUUUUUUAAUCCUUCUGUCCAAGCACAAACUUCAGCCCCUUUCGACGAGUCAACUGAGAUUUCACAGGAUGGCUUAGAUUCUAACACGUUGAUAUCCAAUCUGAACAGUGAUGCCUCCCAAGUUAGACCGCCUUCGAAAUCAGCAACAUCGCAAUCACAGAGAAUAUCACCCAGUAUUGUUGUUGACUCUUGCAGGUGUUGCGGAACAAUGCUAAAGUACCCAGCAGAUAUUAACAAGGUCCGUUGCUUGGUUUGUCAAACGCAUAUGACUGUCAUUGAAGAAACUAGAGAAGUUUCUGAACUGUCACCAAAUACAGUUGCUAGAGCACUAUCUUAUUCUUUUUUGAAACAGUUCAUCAACCAAUGCUCCACCAAAAGAAAAUCCGCUGGAGAUAAUUACAAUCCACACGAAAUAUUCAAACCCUUGGAGGACAUGCUCUAUGAAGCAUUUUCUACUUUUUCCAUACUCAAUAGCUCAUUUAGACUGUCAGAUUUGACCCCACCGAAUUACCGUUCCCCAAACUUAAACUUCAACGAAGCAAAAAAAUCAUUUGCGUUACUGUUGAGUCUGCCCACGAAACGUCCGCUCUACAAGCUUCUACUAGGUGCCCUUUAUUUACUCAAACAUCCACCUUCCAUGAAGGAGCCUGCUGAUAUUAACUGGCUACUGAUUUUGCUGGAAAUUCCCAUUUUACCUGACUGUUUGAUAAGUGGAAUCGAUUCCUGUACAGACGGUCUUGCGCCCGACCUGAAGACAUCUUGUUAUGAUAUCCUUAAGCGGGUCAUUGGAUUGCUUUCUUACUCAGAAAAGAAAAUCACGAGCCGCCUUACUUAUUGGUGGUCUAGAUUGCCACACGAUGAGUUCGUGAAAAAGAUUGACUUCAUCAACCUCUACAUUACUUUUCAGCUCACAAGGUGUAUUAAUUAUGAGCUGUACAACUCGAUUAUACAGCCUGGGUCUUAUUUAAAUGUUUCCAUGAGCGAUGACAUCAACUUUAAAGAAAACCUUAAUGCCCAUUUUAUCCGCCCCACCUCUAAAAGCUCUGAUUUUGGCUUGUUCAUUGGUCUACCUCUUUAUAUCUCCUCGGGAGGAAGACGUACAGGUAUUUCUUCAAGUUCAUCGUUCUGGUCGGGUAAGAAAGAGUCAAAAGAACAUGAAGUAAAGAUCAGAUUACAACAAUACGGUGAUGAUUGGCAUUUGCGUACUGCGGGCAGAUUAGCAUCGUUCCUGUUUAUUGCAAACAAAAAAAAUAAGAAAGUCAGUGAUGCAUUGUUCUACAAUAAUCUUGUUGACUAUGUGAAUGUGAAGCAAGAUUUUGAUGCUUGGCAAUUCCACGCUUCGACCAUAAAGCACGAACAAAGCACAACAAACAAAGACUCUCUGCAGCUAGUGGUUGACUACUUGCAAGCUGAAACAAAGGCCAGCUAUUUAGGACUUUCUAGUGCCAAUGGGACUUUGAAGAAGUCUUCAUUCACAUUUUGUCAAUUUCCCUUCCUUCUAUCUUUAGCGGCUAAAAUAUCAAUUCUUGAGCAUGAGGCGAAACGAAUGAUGGAGCGAAAGGCAGAGGAAGCGUUUAUCCAGUCUCUUAACAAAAAAAUGCCUUUUGAUGUUUAUUUCAAGGUCCGCGUGAGGAGAAACUUCAUCACCCCUGAUUCACUACGGUGCAUUAAAUCCCAUCAAACAGAUUUCAAGAAACUUUUGAGGGUAGAAUUUGUUGAUGAACCUGGAAUUGAUGCAGGUGGGUUAAAAAAGGAGUGGUUUUUGUUGCUCACUAAAGACUUAUUCAAUGCGGACAAGGGAUUAUUUUCUUAUGAUGAAACAUCUGGAUUAUGUUGGUUUUCAAUUUCCAAUUUAGACAAUGACGAGCUCUAUUAUCUAGUUGGUGUUGUGCUUGGGUUGGCAAUAUACAACUCUACGAUCCUUGACCUUCGAUUGCCGAAGGCACUUUACAAAAAAUUGAUGGGGCAAAAGGUUACUUUGAACGACUUUAUCCAAUUGAAUCCAGACGUCGGGCACAAUUUCAAAAGAUUAUUGAAACUGGAGGAUGUUAGUGACCUUGAGUUGUUCUUUACAGUUUCUUAUGCAGAUAUAUUUGGAGUGAUGCAUCACGAAGACCUUGUUAGAGGGGGAUCAUCCAUCAGGGUAACGAAUGAAAACAAGUAUGAAUACGUGGAAAGAUAUUGCUCAUUUUUUCUCAAUGACAAGGUGAAAGCGCCCUUCAAAUCGUUUUUGAACGGCUUUCAACACGUCAUUGGCGGAAAUGCUUUAUCCUUGUUUACUCCUGAGGAAAUCGAAUUGAUAUUGAUUGGGGAAGACUAUCGAAAUCAAAAAAUUGAUAUCGAGAUUUUGAAGUCUGUGACUAAGUAUAGUGGUUUCUUUGAAACUGACACUGUUGUCAAUUGGUUCUGGGAUUAUUUCGAGCGCAAAAGUGCUGCUGAUCAGCGCAGAAUACUACUUUUCAUUACAGGAUCGGAUAGAUUGCCGGCGACUGGACUGCCAUCCCUAACUUUUAAAAUUACGAAGCUUGUUGAUUCAAACCCAAACCGCUUACCAAUCGCCCAUACAUGUUUCAACGAGCUCUGUCUUUACGUUUAUCCUUCAAAGGAAAUAUUUGAAUCGAAAUUGUACAAAGCUAUAUGGUAUAGCGAGGGAUUUGGUUUGAGAUGAC